AUGAAAAAGAAGCGGUUCUUUAGCGGAUCCAUGUUUUCUAGACUGUUUAAAAGAAGUAAAAAGGACAAGAAGGAUAAGAAGAAUAAAAAUGCGAAACCUGUCAACAAGAAAUCGAAAAAGGGCUAUGAUAACCAGAAAAUGGCCCAACCUACUAAAACAGAAUUGGCUCCUUUGGAGUUGCCAGAUAUUGUAUCAAUAAGAAGCGGGAGAAGUAGUAAUAAAAGUGUAAGUGAUUAUGUUUGGCCACCCAGAAGAUCUUUACAAAGUUCUUCUAAAGGUUUAAAAAAUGCUAAUAGUUAUUCUACUCCUGGUAUAUCAAAUAUCUUUGUUUCAAUUGAAAAAGAAGAUGAUAAAUUGGGAACGAAAGAUUCGGGUAGUUCAAAACUACAUGGUUUGAAAAGAAAAAAAUCAUUAGGUAAAGGUUUUAGGAGUGAAGAUGGACAUCAUCAUCAUCUUGCAUCACGUUUGGCUGGUCAUAGCUUACCGCAUUUAGGUGGAACCAACUCAAAUAAUGCAUCUUCAAGCAAUUUGUUCGGGAGUAUAUUAAAUAUGGCACAUACUGCAACGACCACAGUACCAAAAUUUAUUUUUGACCCAGCAGAUGAAGAAACAACUAAUGGAAAUGAUAAUGAAACAACUUACAGUAGAAGUACAAAGAAAAAUGCAAAUGUACAGGCUAAUACAAUUCUGCGAACAGGUACAGACAUGAAUACUACUUUGGAAGUAGAAUCUAAUGAAUAUAACAAUAACCACAAUAAUAAUGAUAAUGAAAAAAACGUCAAUACAUCAAUAGCUGCGUUGAAUAGAAGUAAUUCUUUUCUAGGGCAUUUAGACUUUUUAUUAUCUGGCUCAGAUAAUAAAAAUACAACCGAUCAAAACGAUCCUUCAAAGAUUCUUUCAUCAAAGACAGACGGAGAUAGUCACCUAGAUCUACCAAAUGAUGAUAUAAAUAGAAAUGGGGGAAGUGGUAUCGAUGAUGUUUCUGCAACUUCAUUAACUUCUGAUGCGAUCCAGGUAAGACAUCCAAAUCCACAGGGUGUAUAUGACGAUAAUGCUGAUGGCAAUUCAAAAAUUACAAAGGUUAAAUUCCAACCGAUUGGAACAGUUGAAGAACCUGCUAUUACCACGUUUGGUAGAGGAAGUUUAACCUUAGAUGCCUUGGGUAAAUCAUCUAUCCCCGAAAUUUCGGGUUCGACUAGUAGGUCUUUAAGCAUUGAUAACGAUUUGUCACCAUUAGAUCAGAUUGGAAGUAAUAAUGGUACAAAUAGUGGAAAUAAUAGUUCUCGUAAUAAUAGCAUGGUCAACCUGACUAGAAAUUCAAACUCUUUAUCAAAUUUAAAUUCAAUUCGUGCAAGAAGUAGAACGUUACCUGCCAACGAUCCAAACGCUGAAACUCAAAAGGUAUUGCCUAGAUUCUCUAUAAACCAAGCUGAAGAAUCAAUGAACCAUAAUGGUACAGAAAACGAAGAACGCCAGCCUAGGCGUUUAUCAAGGAAGUUCUUGGAUAGGAGAUCAUUUUCUCCCAAUAUUGGGAUUAAAGUUCUUCCACCAAUUAUCAACUUUUCAAACCCAUUGAACAAGGUCAGAAACAGUGGUAGUGAUUAUACCUCCCAAGCUAGAGCAAGGGCUAGUACUACUAUAUCAGGUACAAUGGACCCGUCGGUAAAUGUAGAAAUUGAAGGUAAUAUCAAAUUACAAGGUGUUGAGUAUGCCUCAGAAAAAAAGAACUCUGAUUUCCACAAGUUUUUUAAGGAUGUGGCUGGAAUAUCGGCCAAUGAAAAGUUAAUAACUGAUCCAUCAUGUGCAUUAUCUCGUGAUAUUUUGAUCCAAGGUAAAAUGUAUAUUACUGAUAAAAAUAUAUGUUUUAAUUCGAAUAUCCUAGGAUGGGUCAGUACAGUGGUGAUUCCCUUCAAAGAAAUUGUGCAAAUUAAGAAGAAAUCCACUGCCGGAAUUUUCCCAAAUGGUAUUGUCAUUGAUACAUUGCAUACUAAGUAUGUGUUUGCUUCAUUCAUUUCAAGAGAUUCGACUUUCGAUUUAAUUACAGAUGUUUGGAAUCAAAUUAUUCUCGGAAGAAGACAUUUAAAUUUGAGAAGUAAUAAAGAAGCUAUGACAAGUAAAUCUUCUCUAGAUUUUAGUUCUGAUAGCGAUCUUACUGAUUUUGAUGAAGAUCCAAAUCAUCGUAACAGUGACGACCGAAUUCUCUCAGAUAAUGGAAAUGAUGAUGCCAAUUCAUUGAUAAAUUCAACGGAUAUGACAUCAAGUAUAGAAAUUGAUGAAGCAAGUGUAAUAAAAUCCACAUCAAGACCAGCAAGUAGUACACCUGGUCCUGCAAAACAUGCACCAACAAAUCCAAACUACGAACCUGCAUCUAACGAAAAACUAAUUAAUGAAAGUACAUUCAGUAGUCCAUUAGGCGAAGUUAUUAACCUGCUAUAUGGCAGUGACACAUCACAUUUGGAGAAUAUUUUAAAAUCCCAGAAGAAUUAUGAUAUUUCUCCAAUAUCCAAGUUAGUAGAUAAAAAAUCUCGUGAAUAUUCUUAUACCAAGCCAAUAUCAGGACCUAUAGGUCCAAACAAAACCAAAUGUCUCAUUACAGAAAAUUUGGAACAUUACAACUUGAAAGAUUAUGUCAAAGUGGUACAAAUUUCAAAAACUCCGGAUGUCCCUUCUGGUACUUCAUUUUACGUGAAAGCCACACAUUUAUUUUUCUGGGGUCCUAAUAAUACUACUAAGAUGCAAGUAUAUCUAUCUGUUGAAUGGACUGGUAAAAGUUGGGUUAAAGGUGCUGUUGAAAGAGGUACAUUCGAUGGUGUAACUGAGACUACGAAAAUUUUAGCUUCCGAGUUAGCUAAGGAUUUAACCUCACUAGCAGUAAGUUCAAAAGAGGAGGUACCUAGUGAAGAUGAGGGAGAGGUUUCCACAUUACCGAAAAUGGAGCCAUCUACUCAUGCUCCUACUGAUUCUGGUUAUAAGAAAGAAAAGGAUGAUAAGAUAAUUGAAGAAAACCUGAAUUUCUCAGCACCUCUGGGAACUGUUUUUCAACUCUUAUUUGGAUCAGAUACUUCCUAUCUCCAGAAAAUCAUUACAAAACAGAAAAAUUUCGAUGUAUCAGAUCUUCCAAAGUUUACAGACAAUUCAAGGGAAUAUUCCUAUGUCAAGCCUUUGACGGCAGCAUUAGGUCCUAAACAGACUAAAUGUAUUAUUACUGAAAAAAUUGAACAUAUGGAUUUAAACGAUCAUAUUUUGGUACGUCAAAUCACAAGAACGCCAGACGUGCCUUCUGGUGGUAGUUUUACAGUUCAUUCGAGAGUAUAUCUUUCAUGGGGGCAGAACAAUUCUACAAAUAUGACAGUUGUUACAAACGUCAUUUGGACUGGGAAAUCCUUAAUUAAGGGUGCUAUUGAAAAGGGUUCUAUUGAUGGUCAAAAAUCAUCCACUCAAAUUUUAGUGGAGGAAUUAAAAGAUAUUAUUGCUAAUGGAACUACUUCAGGAAAGAAGAGGAGAAGAACCAAGUCAAGUAAAGCUAGACGUGCAUCCACAAAGGUUGAAGUUAUUGCACCAAAACCUGCAGAGCCAGAGGUAACAAGCUCUGGAAACAUGCUAUUUUCCUUAUUAUCGCCUUUACUAGAAAAUUUUGACAUUACUUCAAUCCAGGGCAUAGCUACCAUUGUAGUAUCAUUCAUUAUUUUCAUCUUAUUACUAAGAAAAAUGUUUACGUUCAGAAGUGCAUCGAAUAUUCAAGUAAUGAGACCCGGUAAAAUCUUAAUAAAUGGUAAUGAGUACAAUUUUGUCCCAAGCAUCAAAACACUAUACGAAGUUUACGAAGAAGAUGUUAGGAACAGUGCUCAAAGCAGAAAGAAAGAUCAUAAUUUAGUUCUGGAAACUGAAGGAACUAUAUGGGAUUGGUUAAGAGAUAGAGGAAAUGAAACUUUACAUGAACCUAUAGAUACGAGUGAAACCGAUUUAACAAAAUGGCAGAACAAUAUUGGUAACUACAAGGUUCAACAGUUAGAAGAGGCGAUCAAGAUUACAGAGUUACAGUUAGACGAACUAAAAAAACGUUUACGGAGACUACUUUAA